AUGGAGGUGGAGGAGGCGUUCCCGCUGGUGGGGCAGAUGGGGCCCUACCAGGUGUAUCUGUGCGUCCUGCUGGCCGUGCUCCUCCAGCUCUAUGUGGCCACUGAAGCCAUCCUCAUUGCACUGGUGGGCGCAACUCCUCCCUACCACUGGGAUCUCCAAGAGCUCUCAGCUAAUUGGAGCCAUAGCAACCAGUCAGUGAGUGAGCAGAGAGCUUUUGGGGAAUGGCUUCUGACUGCCAAUGGCAGUGAGGUGCAUAAGCACAUACACUUCAGCAGCAGCUUCACAUCAAUAGUCUCAGAGUGGUUUUUAAUUGGCAACACAUCAUACAAAGUCAGUGCUGCCAGUUCUUUCUACUUCAGUGGUGUGUUUGUGGGAGCAAUCUCCUUUGGCCAGCUCUCAGAUCGCUUUGGGAGGAAGAAAGUCUAUCUCACAGGUUUUGCUCUUGACAUCUUGUUUGCCAUUGCAAAUGGAUUCUCACCCUCGUAUGAAUUCUUUGCUAUCUCUCGCUUCUUGGUAGGGAUGAUGAAUGGUGGGAUGUCACUGGUGGCCUUUGUUCUACUGAAUGAGUGUGUGGGUACUGCCUACUGGGCAUUAGCAGGAUCUAUUGGUGGCUUGUUCUUUGCUGUGGGAAUUGCCCAGUAUGCUUUAUUAGGGUACUUCAUUCGUUCCUGGAGAACUCUGGCUGUUGUGGUUAACCUGGAAGGAACAAUCGUCUUUCUUCUCUCUCUAUUCAUUCCAGAGUCUCCCCGCUGGCUCUAUUCACAAGGCCGGCUGAAUGAAGCAGAAGAUGCCCUCUACCUCAUUGCGAAGAGGAACCGCAAGCAGAAGUGCACUUUUUCAUUAAAACUCCCAGCAGAGAGGAGCUCCAGAGAGGCGGGCAGCUUCUUGGAUCUGUUCCGAUAUAAGAUUCUCUUGGGACGCACCUUGAUCAUGAUGUUUACCUGGUUUGUGUGCAGUUUGGUUUACUAUGGUCUUACUCUUAAUGUGGGUGACUUGGGUGGAAGUAUUUAUGCCAAUUUAGCCCUUUCAGGGCUGAUAGAAAUCCCAGCAUACCCAAUAUGUAUUUACCUGAUUAACCAAAAAUGGUUUGGUCGGAAGCGAACAUUGAGUGCGUUUCUGUUCCUGGGAGGAUUGGCUUGUCUUAUUGUCAUGUUUCUUCCUAAAAAGAAAGAUACUGGAGUGUUCGCAGUGGUGAAUAGUCGCUCUCUGUCUUUGCUGGGGAAACUGACAAUCAGUGCUGCAUUUAACAUUGUCUACAUCUACACAUCAGAACUUUAUCCCACAGUGAUCAGGAAUGUUGGAAUGGGUGCCUGCUCCAUGUUUUCCCGUGUUGGUGGAAUCAUUGCUCCUUUCGUCCCUUCAUUGAAAUCUGUACAGUGGUCUCUGCCUUAUAUUGUGUUUGGAGCAACUGGUCUUUUGUCUGGGCUCUUAAGUUUAUUGUUGCCAGAGACCUUAAACAGCCCUUUGCUAGAAACUAUUUCAGACCUGCAGGUAUGCUCGUACUGGAGGCUGGGUGAUGAAGCGAUGUCAUUGCAAGCCCUAGAUGGCUCACAGUCUGGAGACAAAGACAGUUCUGCAGGGAGUGGAAGUGAAGAUGAGGAGUUUUAUGAUGCUGAUGAAGAGACUCAUAUGAUCAAGUAAUGAAAA